GCAGCAAAGUAGCGAGAAAAUAGAACGCAAAAUGAUUGCCGGACGCCCAUUACUGUUUUUGUCACUGCCUGGUCUCGCGCUGAUCGUGGGCCUCGUGUGGUAUCGGCGCAAAUUUAAGCCGGACAGAAGCGACACGGGCGGAGAGAAAGGUAAAGAAUGUGAAAGUACAGCGACUGGUGGCGCAGCAAACAGCACCGUCGAGCUGGAGCCGGAUGUGAGACAAAGUUCGUCACUUCCGAUACAGUCGGCGGUGCCGGCUAGCGGAGCGGAGAGUUGGGACAACUGUUCCGGUUCCGGUCACUCGUCGGCCGGAUCAUCCCGUUCGGCGCCGAUCGACAUCGUGCCGAACAAGAGCCCGUCGAAGGGAGGUGAGGUGGCGAACUGCGAUCUUCUCGGUCGUUCGCGGCUCGUCGGUGACGAUUCGGAGGAGUUUAGCUUUAGCCCAUCCAUUGACCUGCCCGACUCGGUAGCCCGCUACAAGCCCAACUUGAUGAAGUUUAAUCGAAUGAUGGAUGGAAAGGCGAAGGAACCCGUAGUCAUUCGUCCCACGAAGCCGGCGUCGAUACAGAGCUGCCAAUUCAAAGUGGCCGAUGCAAACGGAAAUGAAGAACCGCAAAAGCAGACCCCUUCACCACAACCGCCACAGCCACAGCCAGCGCAACAGCCACCACAGCCACAGCAACAGCAACAGCAGAAGAAGCAGAAGCAACAGCAGCCGAAGCCACAGCCGCAAAACACUGCGAGGGAUCACAGCAACAACAAUGUCACCGAAAGUCGUGCCGCAUUUGAUAACCACCACGCAGAAGCGUUCGAUGAACGCACCGAGCAAACCGGUAGUCCUCCGCUCAGUAUCUGUAGCGUCCGUUCGGAGGACUCGGGUAACGGCUCGAGCCCGCCACAUUCUGUCGGCCAGGCGGUGACCAUGUACGAGUUUCUGGUGCCAGCCUUCCUCGUGUCGAGCAUCCUCGGUAAAGAGGGAGCAUUCGUGAAGCAAAUCAAACAGAAGACAGGCGUGAAUGUAAUCAUUAAGCGCAAUCCGGACACGCAUACGAGCAAAAUCUGCACACUCGAGGGCGCCCCGGACGAUAUCCAAAACGCACUGAAGAUCAUUCGCCAGCGGUUCCCCCAGAAACGGUAUCCAGCGCUUAGCCUGAAACGCAUUGAAAUUAGUCACGUUGAGGCGGUCAUUCCGCUUUCGCUGAUGAACGAUACUUGCAAAAGCCUUCCGCUGGUAGAGGGCAUCAACAAUGACGUCGCUAUAAGCUGCAUCGUAUCCGUAGGCCAUCUGUUCUUGCACCAGCCGCUACACCCGACCCAUCUGCAGCUGGGCAGUAUGCAGCAGUCGCUCAAUAAAAGCUACUCGAUCAGCGAAGCACCGAAGCUUGCGGACAUUGUCCCGAACGCGGUGUGCGUAGCGUUUGUCGGUGGCACCUGGUACCGGGCGGUGAUUAUGCAGCACGACGCGGAAACCAAUCAGGUGCUGGUCAAGUACCUCGAUUACGGUGGCUACUCGACCCUGCCCCUGCACAGUCUGCGUCAGAUUAGAAAAGAUUUCAUUAGCGUGCCGUUUCAAUCGAUCGAGUGCGUGCUCUCCAAUAUUCAACCGAUCGAUGAAAGCCAAAACAGCUGGUCCACCGAUGCCACCGAACUGUUCCGUAGGUUAACGAACGGUGUCAUCAUGCAGGCACAGGUGGCCGGCUACACUGCCGAGGGUCUGCCGGAGAUUUAUCUGUUCUCUUCAAUAGCAAAAGAUAACGUAGUUUUCAUAAAUAAGGAAUUAGUUGCCCGUGGGUUCGCCAGAUGGGUCGACUGAGAGAAGAUCGCAGGAGUAGGGAGAGUGCAGAAUGAACAUUACUAUUAGGUGAACAAAUUGAUAACAAAUUUAAAGAUACAAAAACAAAUGGCAAGCCCUUAAUCCGGUAAGCAACACUUGAUCAGUGAGAUUUAGGAGAGGCAGGGAGACAGGCGAAAGGCAUCAUCAAAAAUGGAUGGAAGAGAGGAUCGCCGGACUGGAAGAGAUGCGAUCGAUGCAAGCCGAACCCACAACCUCGUAACCUCAGCACCGUCGCUCGGAAGAUAAUGUCACUGGAAACGCGUUUCUCGGACACUACAAGCCACAACAACAGGUGCUGCCAAGUGGCGAGAGCACUGGAAAAAGAAGCAAUCUUUGAUGUUUGGAACGUGCAAAACUUAAAGCGGAUCGGGGAUGUUGCGUGCGUGUGCUUGAUUGCGUACGAUUGAACCAAUUCACCUCCUCCAUUCACCGUCCUCCGGUACACCUCCGCUGUCCCUUUUCCAAACUCCCCCCCCAUAAAUGAACACUUCCCUGUACACCUUCCUCGUUACUGUUACUGCUAUAAAAAAAACGGAAAGUGAACACAUUGUGAAUACUGCGUUAAAAUAAGCAUAAUACGACUGUCGUUCAAGUUUUUUUCUUGGCUUAUGAAUUGCAGCUAAAGCAAUUACUUAUUUUAUAGUUAUUUUGUAUAAGGGUAUUUAUGAAAUAAAUUCAAACUAAUUGAU